AUGACCCUUAGAAGCGGAAAAAUAUUAAAUCAACCUGAAGUAAUCCAACAACAAGAGCAACCAAUUCUAGCUACACCAGAAAAGAAGAAACCUGAAGAGAGGAAAGAACCUGUUAACCCAGCACCUGCACCUAAGGCUCCAUUUCCCAAUGCUUUAGAAUCCCCUCUGCCUCUUGAUAAGAAGGGUAUAAAAAUGAAUGAAAUGCUGGAACUAUUUAAACAAGUCCAGAUAAACUUACCCCUUCUCGAUGCCAUUAAGCAAGUUCCGACCUAUGCCAAAUUUCAAAAGGACUUGUGUACACAGAAACGAAAAUCAAAGGCACAGAUACCAAGAAAAGUCUACUUAACUGAGCAGGCCAGCUCAGUUUUUCAGCAAAUUGCCCCACCCAAACUGAAAGAUCCAGGUACCCCAAUUAUUUCUUGUGUCAUAGGAGACCUCACGAUUAAGAAGACAUUAUUAGAUUUGGAUGCAAGUGUCAACCUUCUCCCCAGCUCUGUAUAUGACCUAUUUGGAUUUGGAGAGUUAAAACCCACGACGGUGACCUUACAACUAGCAGACCGAUCUAUUAAGGUAUCCCGUGGAAUGCUGGAAGAUAUGUUGGUGAAAGUAGAUGAAUUUUACUUUCCUGUUGACUUUCUUGUGCUAGAUAUGGAAUCUGGCAGCAACCCCAACCAAAUACCAAUCAUCCUAGGUAGACCCUUCUUAGCAACCGCUAAUGCUUGUAUAAAUUGUAGGACCGGGGUUAUGGAUGUAUCUUUCGGGAACAAGAAGCUAAGGUUGAAUAUUUUUAAUGCAUCUCUGGGACCACCUGUGUACGACCAUAAUGAAAUCAACUUGUUAGAGGAAGUUAUAGAAGAUAAAGCUCCUGCCUUGCUCAACUCAGAUCCUUUACAGGCAUGUCUAAUACAUUUUGGAAUGGAUAAUUUUGAUAUCAAUGGAUACACUGAAGAAAUACAUGAGCAAUCACCAACUCAAUCAAGCCCUCUGGUACCUUCCUUAGAAGCACCACCUACUCUAGAGCUAAAGCAUCUUCCUGCCAUGCUGAAAUAUUCAUUUCUUGGACCCAAUGAUACCCUUCCAGUGAUCAUUGCAUCUGAUCUAACCAAUGACCAGGAAGACAAACUUGUAGGGGUGCUCAAAAAGCAUAAAGAAGCUCUAGGGUGGUCAAUUGUCGAUUUGAAGGGUAUAGAUCCUUCUUUUUGCAUGCAUCAUAUUCACUGUGAGGUUGAGGCAAAACCACAUAGGGACAUGCAAUGAAGAUUGAAUCCGAAUAUGCGGAAAGUCAUGAAAAAGGAAGUAGUGAAAUGGCUAGAUGCUGAAAUUAUCUACCCAAUUUCGGAUAGCCAAUGGGUUAGUCCAACCCAAGUAGUACCUAAGAAGUCAGGUAUUACCAUAGUAGAGAAUGAUGAGGGUGAGUUAAUUCCUACUCGUGCAACAACGGGGAUCGAAGUAGAUAAAGCAAAGGUUGAAGUAAUCUCGAAAUUGCCUCCCCCAACCUCUGUUAAACAAGUGCAAUCCUUUCUAGGCCAUGCAGGUUUCUAUAGGCGCUUCAUUAAGGAUUUCAGCAAGAUCUCACGACCCUUGUGCAACUUGCUUGCCAAGAAAAAUUCUUUUAAUUUUAAUGAAGAUUGCCUAACUGCUUAUAAUAAACUCAAAACUGCCUUAACCACUGCACCAAUCAUAAGAUCUCCGGAUUGGACCCUACCAUUUGAAAUCAUGUGUGAUGCUUCUGAUUAUGCUAUAGGGGCAGUCCUUGGACAAAGAUUUAAUCGGGAACCGCAUGUAAUUUAUUAUGCAAGUAAAACUCUUUCAGAUGCUCAAUUGAAUUACACCACGGUAGCAGAUCAUAUUUCUAGGAUCCUGGUAGAACACAAUAAAGAAAUGAUUAGAGAUAGAUUUUUGGAUGAACAACUCUUUUCAAUCUCUUCCACUGAUCUUUCCAGAUUCGCUCAUAUAGUCAAUUACUUGGCAGUAGGACAAAUCCCAUCUCACUGGACCCAACAAGAGAAAAAUAGAAUUUUUUCCCAAGUAAAGUACUAUUUCUGGAAAGAACCAGAAUUGUUCAAAUAUUGUCCAGAUCAAGUAAUCCGAUAUUGUAUCCCCGAGUGUGAAGUCCAAAGUAUUCUUACUUUCUGCCACUCGUUAGCAUGUGGGGGACAUUUUAGUGGAAGAAAAACUGCAGCAAAGGUGUUGCAGAGUGGAUUUUAUUGGCCGAUACUAUUCAAAGAUGCACAUGAAUUUGACCGUAAUUGCUUGCGAUGCCAGCAAACAGAAAAUAUUUCGAGAAAAGAUAUGAUGCCCCUGUCCCCUAUUCUUGUUGUAGAAAUUUUUGAUGUUUGGGAAAUUGAUUUCAUGGGACCCUUUCCCUCCUCAUUUGGAUUCGAGUAUAUUUUGGUAGCAGUAGACUACGUAUCAAAAUGGGUAGAAACUAUGGCAACCCGAACCAAUGAUCACAAAGUCGUGAUCAAGUUCAUUCAGCAUAAUAUCUUUAGUCGAUUUGAAUGUCCAAGAGCCAUAAUUAGCGAUGGGGGUACACACUUCACGAAUAAGCACUUCAACAUGCUAAUGAAAAAAUACGGAAUAACUCAUAAAAUUGUCACACCUUAUUACCCCCAGACAAGUGGCCAAGUUGAGGUCUCCAAUAGGGAGAUCAAGCAUAUUCUUGAAAAAAUGGUAAGAUCCGAUAUAAAAGACUGGUCAGCACGCUUGGAUGAUGCAUUAUGGGCUUACCGUACUGCUUUUAAAACACCCAUAGGAAUAUCUCCUUAUCGACUUGUAUUCGGUAAAGCUUGUCAUCUGCCGGUGGAAUUGGAACAUCGUGCAUUUUGGGCCAUACGGCAAUUUAACUUUGAUAUGAAAAAUGCAGGUUCCAAUAGGAGACUUCAACUAAAUGAACUUGACGAGCUACGGAAUGAAGCGUAUGAGAGUGCUAGAAUUUAUAAGGCUCGAACUAAAGCGUACCAUGACAAAUUCAUUGCACGAAAAAUGUUCGAGCCCAAUCAGAAAGUUUGGCUCUUCAAUUUUAGGUUGCAUUUGUUUCCUGGAAAACUUCGCUCACAUUGGGAUAGACCUUUCAUUGUAACUCAGGUAUUUCCUCAUGGAGCUGUAGAACUCAAGAAUCCUAAACAGGGGAACACCUUUAAAGUGAACGGUCAGCGAUUGAAACCUUAUAUAGAUGGAAUUAGUGAUGGAGAAUUAAUUGAAUCUAUUGAUCUAGUGGAUCCAAUACUGCCAUGA